AGAUAGAGCGAGAAGAGUGAGAGAGUAGAAAAAUGCAAUCCCCGCCCUUUCUCAGCUCCAGAAUAGCAGCAGCGGCAGCGCUGAGGAUGCUAACGUGCGCUUCCCCAAACCAUAAUCCCAGAUUCCUGCGCACCUCCAUGUCGACCGCCUCCUCCGAUAAAACCCUAAUCUCCCACCCGCCCUUCUUCUCUAAUCCUAUCACGAAUCCCUCUUCCAACCAUCUGGAAACCCCCAAAUCGUCCUCCUUCAAGGCCCUAAAUCCCAGCCUUCCAAUUUCCAUCCCAACGGCAUCGGAAACGGACGGUGAUCCCUGCCUCCAUCAAUCGCUCGUUGUCGUGUCGUUCUACAAGUUUGCAGAUUUCCCCGACCAUGCUGAAAUGCGAAAGCCGUUGAAGGAUCUCUGCGAAGAAGUGCGUGUUUCAGGUGGCAUUAUUCUCGCACCGGAAGGAAUCAAUGGAAGCAUAUGUGGGACUAGAGAUUCGGUGGAAAGGGUUCUGGAAUUUAUUCAAUCUGAUAAACGCUUAAAGGGCCUAAGACAAGUGGAAUCGCCUGUUAGUCCUGAGGAGGAGGCUAUACAUCACGGGCACACAAGCAGUUCUCCUCUUGGGGCAGGGGAAGAUGCACCAUUUCGAUGGGAUCAUGUGCGGGUUAAAGUGAAGAAAGAGAUUGUUUCACUUGGAAUGCCAACUGUAUCUCCUAUCAAAAGAGUUGGAAAGUAUGUGAACCCAAGCGAUUGGAAUGCAUUAGUUAGUGAUCCGGAUACGGUGGUAAUCGAUGUGCGCAAUAUGUAUGAAACCCGCAUUGGAAAGUUUAAAGGAGCGGUCGAUCCAUGUACGACUGCCUUUCGAGAAUUCCCGUCUUGGCUUGAUGAAAAAUUUCAACUAGACGUAUCAGCUGAGCAGCACCUGGAGCCAGAGAUUGAUGUUUCAAAUGGAAAUUCAAAUGAGCAGUCUGAGAUUUGGGAACGGAAAAUGCCACCACGGGUUGCAAUGUACUGCACGGGUGGGAUCAGAUGCGAGAAGGCUUCUAGUUUUCUCCUAAGCAAAGGUUUCAAAGAGGUUUAUCAUUUGGAAGGCGGGAUAUUGAAGUAUCUCGAGGAAGUCCCGAAGGCAGAGAGCCUCUGGGAGGGUGAGUGCUUUGUCUUCGACAAGAGAGUCUCAGUCGAGCAUGGAUUGGUCCAGGGAAGCUUCAAGCUCUGCUAUGGAUGCAAGAAACCAGUGAGCGACGCAGACAUGGAAGCUCCCGAAUGGGAGUAUGGAGUGUCGUGCCCCUACUGUUUCUCUAACAAAUCCGAAGAAGAGAAAGAGAGGGCGAGAGCUCGGCAGAGGCAGUUCGAAACGUGGGGCAUCAUCGGCGGGCCCGAUAAGGGUCGUCGGAAUCCGAUGGCAUCAGAAGAUAGGAACAGAAGGAAGGAUUCACAGCUUCCAAAUUCGAUUUGAAUGGUUUUUCUUAUCAUGGAGGCUUUCUUAUGACCAAAAAAGAAGAAUAAACCCCAUUUUUGUUAGAUGAGUGAACCUAUGUAUGAUUUUUGGACAUUUGAAUUGGGUGAGGAUGAUGUUAUAGGUUUUGAGGCCCACUAAGGGAUCAGGAAGGGCCAUCUUGACUAUCAUCCAUUGGUUGA